CCAGAAGAGGCGGCGAAGAAUGGAGCCGAUGCGCGCCUUUCGGGGGGGCCUUGUCGCGUUUUCGUCUUCGCGGCCUGCUGUUGCGUCGCGGCCGAUGCAGCAACGCGCUGAGCCGGUUCGGAACGCUGACGCAGACCCGCGACAUGAUCACGCGGGAAGCGCUUAGGGCUUGCCCCAACUGUAGCGCCAACCUCGGGACCUCACCAGUUCCCUGCACUCUAGCCUGUACGACUAUGGUGACCAAGCCCCCGCAGGCUAUCUAUGGCCCGGGGCGGUGUGUGUCGUGUCGGUGUUGUCUUUGCCUGCGAAGGGCCCGCGCGUCGCACUGGGAAGGGGCUGGGCCGGGCGCCCCUUCUCUGUCUGGGCGCCGAGGGUGGGGCUGGUACGGGCCGAGGUUGGGCGAUCCUUUCGCCGCGGCGGUUUUGCCCCGCGAAAGGGCAAGCGCUGUUGGCCAAGACGAGGGAGAUAAGUGGACGCAGCUAUCCCAUUGGGCAGCGCGCUGGGAAACAGAAAAAGCGGGAGCGCCUCCGCACCCGGGCCCCCCCCCCGCGCGCGUCGUCGGUUGGCCUACUCGGUGG